AAGUUCACGGACCUUUUAGCAGUGAAAAUGUUUCAGUCCUAAAGAGGUCAAUUUUAUCAAGGAAAAAGGAAAAGCGUAUUUAUUUUCGGAUCUUCUCAUGUAGGUGGGGUGGAAAGUGAGUCAACGGAAUAAUGCAGAAACUAGAAUGACUUUUUCUCUCUUCGCCUCUUAACCUACUUUAAAGCGGCUUCUCAUCCCCUAACGAAAUUUCGAUUAGAAUCAGUCAUGGUUAACUAGCUGUUGCCGUCUGGAUUCCCCAACUUUCAUUUCACUUGUGGAAUUUCAGACAGGACUUGGAUACUUCGGGAGCAGAUUGGAUUCUCCAAUUCUUAGUGGUCGGAUCUCCUUUGUAGUGUGCUCACAGAAUCAUUCAGAUCAUAGAGGAUUUAAUUGCGGCAGUCGUCUUUCUUUUGUGCUCUACGGUUCCGUUAGUUUUUUACUAGUGGUAUGCCUUUCACUUCUUCAAAACUAGGUGAAUAACUCAAUGCAAGUAAAGGAUUCUGGUUUAUCAGUUAACGUUCUCUGAAAAGUUCCGAUGCUGGAGCGAACGGUGCUCGUGCUGCUAAUACUCAUUCAGACAGCCAGCACCACAGAAGCGUACAGCCCUUUCUUUUUGAGAUCCUCCUUUCACGAAGAAACAAGAAAAAAUGACCCCGGACGUGUCAUUCACAAAACGCCUCUCAAGAACCUGGAUAUACCAGUCUCCUCGAACAAUCCACAGAAAUUCCUUGACCAGAAUUUCUUCUAUAACAUGAUGAAUGUGGCACAGUACCUUCAAUCACUGCCUUCCAGUUGUCAUUAUGAAGGUACUCGCUAUUCUUGUAACAUAGGAUUAGGCUGUGUAUUUCAAGGGAAACGACCUGUUGAUUUGUGCAACGGAGGACUUCUAUGGAGUUGUUGCGUACCCCGAAAUAUAGUGCCAUCUGUGAUCAAUCUUGUCAAUGAACCAGAAUGUGGAAGAAGCCAUAUGAGAGACAGUAAAAUAGUAGGCGGAGAAAAUGCAAAUUUCGGGGAACAACCUUGGCAAGCAGCUAUUGUGAAGCAGUCAUUUUUGUACAGAAAAAUUUCAUGUGGUGGAGCUCUUAUUAAUCGGCAAUGGGUUGUGACAGCAGCGCAUUGUGUUGCAAGAACUCAGACUUCUAACUUGAGAGUGAGGCUAGGAGAGCAUGAUAUCAAACAGACAACAGAGAAAUAUCCGCACGAAGAAAUGGCAGUGCGGAGAAAGGUCGUGAAUCCUGGAUACAACCCUUCGAAUUAUCAACAUGACAUAGCGCUUCUGCAGUUGCAACGACCUGUUAGAUUUCGAAGACAUCUCAUUCCAGUUUGCUUACCUCAAUAUGGAGAAGACUUUUCAGGCCAAAGAGCUACAGUAACUGGAUGGGGACGGACUCGAUAUGGAGUUCGAGAUUCUCCAGGAAUUCUUCAAAAAGUGGAGCUUCAGGUGAUUGACCACUCCGAGUGCCAAGAAUGGUAUCAGAGUAUAGGCAGAAAAGAAACUAUUUUUCCAACGAUGGUCUGUGCUGGUUACAAAGAAGGUGGAAAAGAUUCUUGCCAAGGAGAUUCCGGAGGUCCUUUAACUGCAGUGAAAAAUGGGCGAUCUACAUUAGUGGGAUUGGUUUCUUGGGGUGUCGGCUGUGCAAGACCGAAACUGCCUGGAGUUUAUACAAAAGUUUCUGAAUAUGUGGAUUGGAUCGAAAAAGUUACCGCUUAAAUAGAAGAACAUGCAAUUAAAAAAGGACAUAAUACCUUAUGACUAAUAACUUAUUUAUCACUAAAAAUAGUAACUCGGUGAACCUAAAUGGUUAACGGACUCACUGACAUCCUACAGGUUUGGAUGAAAGUUGACAAUUUCAUGAUUUCUUGUUUGCUUUGGAUAACUUCUUCUGGAGCUUUAUUUUAGUAACUCAGUUUGAGUAUGUCUUUUCUAACAAAAAUAGGUAUAAGUGUUUUUAAUUCUUAAUUUUGAAAAAGACUUUGCAAAGCAAGUAAAUGUCUUUGAAAUGUAUACGCACCUUUUCAAGAAUCGCUGAAACUUCAUAUAACCCCAAGGUAUUGUGACGGCCUAGAUCAGAUAACAGAAUUUUAAAGUAAUGCAUGUUGUUGCUGAAAAAGAUUAAUUUUUAUGUUGGAAGGAUGAUUUUUUUAAGAGAUUCUUUAAAUAAAUUUAGUGUAUCUUUGUAAAAUUUUCAACAGAUUUUUAACUAUAAAAUAUUUAAUUUUUAACAUAAGUUCAUGAACAAUGGCUUUUGUUGAAUAUGUAUGAGCAUAAUCGUUUAUCAUUUUCAUUAAAAAAUUCACUCCACUUUUAUUUUAAAGCCCAUAUAUUCGUGACAUAUUAAUUUUUAAUUUGCUUUGUAAAUAUUUUUUUCUGUUUUCAAUGCAUGUAGUAUUGCUAGAAGAGCUGGUAAAAAGUUGAAGAAUGAACAUAAUUAUAUGCUCAAAAAAUAAAAUACGAACUCUUCAUUCAAUUUCAGUUCCCAUUGAAAAAUAUCAGCUAGCUGUUUCAUUAAGUUCAGAACUUCCAUUCCAAUCGUAAUAAACAAAAUGAAUAAGAUUUUGUCAUAUAUUUUAUAGAGUAUGCAUGAUCAUACGAAACGGGUAGUAUUCUCAUCUUGAGAGGAAUGUAUGAUUUCAUGCCCAAUUGUUUACAAUUUUUUCUGUUUUGUUCAAAUCAACCUAAGCAUUCUGUUCAAAUAUUUUUCUUCUUCUUCUUUUUACUUUAACAUCAGGGGUUGCUUUUUAAGUAUACAUUUAUUUCUGUUCUUUCUGUCUAUGUAAUAUUGGGAAAUUUGGGAGUGGUUCUUUCUGGAAUGGUUCUUUUAGAGUACUUAGAGUUAAUGUUUGGAUUGUCAGUAAUCAUGUUACUGUUUAAAAAAGUCAGAAGUUUGUUUUUAAAUCAUUCCAGUGUUAAAUUCGACAACUUUCAGACAAAGACUUGCUUCAAAUUUCUUAUACAUUUAUACCUUCUGUUUAUUUUUAAAGUAUAGUGUUUAGUUUUUCAUUUUGUAAAUAGUGUAAAAAAGGUUGUACACAUUCAUUUGUUACGUAGAAUCUUUAUUUGUACAUAACAAUGUUUACAAAUAAAAUAUUUUUCAUUA